UACUCUAUGUGAAUUCCUCUGAAGAACACGUAUUGUCUAUUUGAACUACUACUUGGAACGUCAUCAAUUUGACAACUAAACACACCGUUGACCGGCUGUAAAGUGUAAAUAAAUAUAAUAAUAUUAUUCCAUAUUCUUAAAAUCAUUAUAUUUCAAAGUUGCAAUUAUAUUUUCCAAGAAUAACAUAUUUCUACCUUAAAUAUGUUGGAGUUCGUUGAUAAUUGGCAUAUGGACUACGUUGGUCAAGCAUGGGCCGAAAAAUUAUCCCGAAUAAUAAUAACCCUAUUUGGAGUCAUAGGAGUGUUGUAUGGUUAUGCGAUUCAACAAUUUUCAAUGACUGUUUAUAUUUUAGGAGCCGGCUUUGCCUUAGCAUCAUUGGUAACAAUUCCUCCAUGGCCCAUGUACCGUAAGAACCCUUUAAAUUGGCAGCCUGUCAAAAAUAAAGAAAACCAUUCCAAAAAGAUUAAAAAAAAUAAAUAAUGAAAAUGGAAAUUCUGGAUGGUAUUUAUAAAUUGUGUACAUGUUUGUCUUUAAUUCAGUGGUCACAUUAAACGAAUUUCUUUCCA